AUGGGGUUCCUUUGGACCGGCACUUGGAUUGUGGUGUUGGUGCUCCACAGCAGCCCAAUUCAAGCUUUCCCCAAACCGGCAGGCAGCCAAGACAAACCCCUACAUAAUAGAGAAUUAAGUGCAGAAAGACCUCUGAAUGAGCAGAUUGCUGAAGCAGAAGCAGACAAGAUUAAAAAAACAUACCCUUCAGAAAACAAGCCAGGUGAGAGCAAUUAUUCCUUUGUUGAUAACUUGAACCUGCUAAAGGCUAUAACCGAAAAGGAAAAGAAUGACAAAGAAAGACAGUCCGUAAAAAGUUCUCCAAAUGAUAAUAAAUUGAACCUGGAAGAUGUUGAUUCAACCAAGAAUCGAAGACUGAUUGAUGAUUAUGAUUCUACUAAGAGUGGACUGGAUCAUAAAUUUCAAGAUGAUCCAGAUGGCCUUCAUCAACUAGAUGGAACUUCUUUAACUGCUGAAGACAUUGUCCAGAAAAUUGCUACCAGGAUUUAUGAGGAAAAUGACAGAGGAGUAUUUGACAAGAUCGUUUCUAAACUGCUGAAUCUUGGCCUAAUCACAGAAAGCCAGGCACACACACUGGAAGAUGAAGUUGCAGAGGUUUUACAAAAACUGAUCUCUAAGGAAGCCAACAGUUAUGAAGAGGAACUCAGUAAGCCAACAAACAGGACUGAGAGUCAGGCCGGAAAAAUACCAGAGAAAGUGACUCCAAUGGCAGCAAUUCAAGAUGGUUUUGCUAAUGGAGAAAAUGACGAAACAGUAUCUAACACCUUAACCUUGACGAAUGGCUUGGAAAGGAGAACUAAAACCUACAGUGAAGACAACUUUGAGGAACUCCAGUAUUUCCCAAACUUCUAUGCACUACUGAAAAGUAUUGAUUCAGAAAAAGAGGCAAAAGAGAAAGAAACCCUGAUUACUAUCAUGAAAACGUUGAUUGACUUUGUGAAGAUGAUGGUAAAAUAUGGCACCAUAUCUCCAGAAGAAGGUGUUUCCUACCUUGAAAACUUGGAUGAAACAAUUGCUCUUCAGACCAAGAACAAGCUAGAAAAAAAUGUUACUGACAAUAAGAGCAAGCUUUUCCCAGUGCCAUCAGAGAAGACUCAUGAAGAAACAGACAGUACCAAGGAAGAAGCUGCUAAGAUGGAAAAGGAAUAUGGAACCUUGACGGAUUCCACAAAAGAUGAUGACUCCAGCCCCAGAGGAAAGACAGAUGAGCCAAAAGGGAAAACAGAAGCCUAUUUGGAAGCCAUUAGAAAAAAUAUUGAAUGGUUGAAGAAACACAACAAAAAAGAAAAUAAAGAAGAUUAUGACCUUUCAAAGAUGAGGGACUUCAUCAACCAACAAGCUGAUGCUUAUGUGGAGAAAGGCAUCCUUGAUAAAGAAGAAGCCGAUGCCAUUAAGCGUAUUUACAGCACCCUGUAAAAAUGGCAAAUGACCCAAGAGUCUUUUAACUGUUUCAGAAAACAUAGUGUAGCUUAAAACACUUCUAAUUCUGUGAUUAAAGUUAUUUUGACCCAAGGAUUAUUAGAAAGUGCUGAAUUUACAGUAGUUAAUCUGUUAGA